AUGUGCGAGGGGGAACUGCGUCGAUGCAUGCUGAUCGAAAACUUGCGGGAGCACUAUAGUCAGGCGGUGGCGACGGAAAUCAACAAGUAUUUGGGGGAUUUUUUGGUGUUUUUAGGCAACUUCGGCACCAUUCGUGCCACGUUUGCUGUGAAGGAGAACCGGACUCUCCUGGUGCUCCGGUGUCCGCUUUUCGUCACGCCUUCGCAGGAGGGUGACACCGGGGCCCAACGCAACGAUGAGGGGCUAUCUCCUUUGUUCGUUGAGGUUUAUUUUCCCCCAAUUUUUCCAUCCGUUCCCCCGUGCUGUAUCGUCAUGGCAGAAAAAUACACGUAUAGAGGCGUUGGAAAUUGGGUCAUAAGUCAGCCGUCGCGAGUUGUGGCCCCCAAUGGGUCAGUGCGUUUAUCGGAGCUUUCCCUGCUCAGCGGUGCCGCCCCACCCUACUCACUGCUAGAGGUCCUCUUGGCGCUGACGGAACAGUUUGAACUAGAGUUUCCCCUUGUUUCGGCGCACCAGGUGGCGAAGGGCAACGUGAAUAAUUCCACUCGAGUUCGUCAAGAUAGGUUAACGAGCAUGUCAAUUGACCAGCGAAGUGCUCUCGAACAAAAGGCAGCUGAAACAUUAAUGCUGCAUCUGCUUUCCAAGGCAGAGGGGUAUCUGGACACGCGGCAGCAAUCCCUCAGGCAGAUUGCGCACCUUUAUCAAUGUGGUGGAGCUAUGCGCGAGGCUCGGGGACUGCUUGAGGAGAAAAGGGCGGAACUGCUUCAAUAUUUACCCGCAGUGGAUACAGUGGAAAAGAUCAUUGAAAAAUUUACACAAAUUCCAGACGACUUCGAGGCCCAUUCCAAGUGUGUUGUGCCUGUGGACGACCUUCAAGCACAUGCGCUUGAAUUUCUCAGCGAAAUACACGCUUUGGAUGAUGCUUUGGAGCUGCUUGAGAGGUCGUUAAGGGCUGGUCAGCUGUCUUGCGAGGAGUAUGUGCGGCGUGUGUCUGACAUUGGGCGGGAACAGUUCGAGGCAAGGUUUCUUUUUGCCCGUGUGGCUGAGGCUGUGAAUCGUGUUUGUGCCAAGACAGGUCAACCGUUGCCAACUAUGCCUCCGCGAACCACCUCAAAGCCGGCUCCUGGCAACGGCCCUAUUCAAGUGCCGACGAAGAUGAAAAGUGUGGAUUUGUUGCUUAGAGAGUUUCCUGAGGUGGACUCGGAGAUGGUGAAGACGGUGCUCAACGCUGUGGACGGAAACGUGCCGGAUGCCCGCGUUCAGCUGAAGGCAAUGCUCUCGUAG